CGAGCAGCAGCCCGACACCAUGCAUUUGGAUCUGCUGCCGCAUCAGCUCCAGGGCGUGGCGUGGAUGCGCCAGCGCGAGCGCGCGGCGCUGCUCGAUGCUCAGAAUCUCCCUCCUGGGGUGUACCCCGAGUCGCUGGAUCCCAGUUGGGUGGGUUACCAUCUGGAGAGUCCCCCCGAUGGGGUCAUCUUCCUGCACACUCUCGACGCCAAGGUCCGAUACCGGCAUCCCUCGCUGCCGAGUGCACCGGUCAACCGGAAGCGCCCGCGCACCCGGAAUGUCGACCGCUUUGACCUGGUCACCGAGAGUGCCCGAGGGGGCGUCCUGGCCGAUGACAUGGGCCUCGGCAAGACCGCCCAAAUGCUGGCCCUCUUGCACUGGGACCUGGUCGACAUGUCGGAGUCCAGCAACCCAGCGGGCCCGGGGGUUGGCUCUCCGCAGCUCCGCCAGCCGACCCUCAUUGUGGCGCCGCUGGCGCUGAUCUCCACCACUUGGGUCGAGGAGAUCCGCCGGACCAACGGCUUCAGCGGUGGCGGCCUGCGCUAUGCCGUGUACUACGGGCCAUCGCGCGAAAAUGUCCUCUCCCACGAGCAGGAUACCCCCCUGCCGUAUGAUGUCAUCCUGACUACUUACGGCAUUGUGGCCUCGGAGUAUGCCCGGUUGCGGACCCUGCUGAUGGAGUCCGACGACCCGGCGGUCGCCGGGACCCAGGCCAACGUCAGCCUGGCGACCAGUGCCUUCCCGGGGCUCUUCCGGCGCGAGUGGCAUCGGGUUAUCUUCGAUGAGGCCCAUGAGCUGCGCAAUCGCACUUCGCGCACCUUUGCCGGGUGCCGCUUGCUUCGGUCCACCCGUCGGUGGGCCCUGACCGGGACGCCCUUCCACAACCAUCCGCGCGAGCUGCAUGCCCUGAUCGACUGUCUUCGUUUGCAGCCCUGGUGUAAUGUGGCCCUCUGGCGCCGACGCAUUGACCAGCCGUUUGACCGUGAGAAUUUCUCCGAAGCCCUGGCCAUGCUGCGACCGGUCAUUCGGGAUCUGCUUCUCCGUCGAACUAAAACCUCCUCCAAUCCCGACGGGACGCCCAUCCUAUCACUCCCCGGGCGCACGAUGCGCGUCAUCAGCGUCCGCUUCUAUGCGCAUGAGCGCCAGCUGUACAACAUCAUCCGCACGCGAUCUCGGCAAAUCUUCGACAUGUUCCUCCAGAGCCAGCGUGUGCUGCACAACUAUGCGUCGAUCCUGCAGAUGCUUCUCCGAUUGCGGCAGUGCUGCAAUCACCCAUACCUCGUGAGGUCCUUCUCCGGGCCGGAGUUCCCUGACGACUCGAGCACCGGGACCGGUUUCGGUGACGAUGAGGCAAACGACCAGCCCAACGGCGUGCAGGAUUACUUUUCCGAUCUGGAGAGCCUGGUCAACCGGUUCAUGAAGGGAGCCUCCGCUUCGGGGCUGUCAUUUGCUCGAGAGGUUCUCUCGGACCUGGCUCACUCGGAUCUGGCCACCCAAGCUGACCGGGCCAACCUGGGCCACCUUUCCACCCAGCUCCAGUGCCGGCAUGAGCCUCGCCCGGCCUGCAGCGAGCCGGCCCAUGGCGCGUCGGCCCCCAGCGAGCCGGCCCAUGGCGCGUCGGCCCCCAGCGAGCCGAUCGCCGGCGGCUCGGUCGCCGAUGGGCCGAUGCCCGACGCGGGGAGCCCCCCUGCGACGUCGGGGCAACAUGCUCAGGAUUGUCCGAUCUGUCUCUCGCCCUUCUCCAUGACCCAGGCCCACCCGAUGAUCCUCCCUUGCUUUCACAUCAUUUGCAUUGAGUGCCUGCUACACAUGUACUCCCUGGCGCGGACCGACCUGCCGGAAAUCCGGGACACAUCGGCUCUCGGGCGCUGGAUCUUGCAGAGUCCCUUCCGCGCGCGGUCCCGGCGAUCCCCCUGCCCGGUGUGUCGGGCCGGGCCUUGGCGCAUGUCCGAGGUGGCACCAGCAUCUCGUGAGGGUCUGGCCGGGGUCGAUUCCGAUUUGGCUGGCGGCCUGUUGGAGAAGGGCGAUCCGGAGACCUUGGCGGCCCAAAGGGCGGCCUUUCGGGCGGCGUCCCGCAGCCAGGCCGUCUUGCGGCAAUCCGCGCGGCCGGUUCUGCCCGGUUCCCUGCCACCCGGGGUCCUGCCUGCGGUGCCGGAAUUCUUCGGCCCCGAGCGCCAAUGGGUCAGCAGUUCCAAGCUAGAUGCCCUGAUGCUGGAGCUGGAAAAUGGGCCGCUGGCGGACCUCUUCGAGCGUCGGCGUCGGGAGCUCGGCGACCCCGGGGCGACGGAGGCCGCGGCGUCGCAUCUGAUCGGCCGCCGGCCGAAGGUGGUCAUCUUCAGCCACUUUCUCCGGUUCCUGGAUUUGAUUGCGGCCUUCCUCCGGGCUUGGGGGAUACCGUUUGUCCGACUUGACGGGUCCUUGUCGAUGCGCGAGCGCGACACCAUCCUCGGUCGCUUCAGCAAGUGCUCCCUGGACGAUCCGACCGCGCCGCGAGUGCUCCUGGCCACCGUGCGCGUUGGUGGCGUUGGUCUCAACCUGACCAUGGCCGAGUACUGCUACCUGAUGGAUGCAUGGUGGAAUCCGGCGGUCGAGGCGCAGGCGAUCGAUCGAAUCUACCGGAUGGGGCAGACACGACACGUGCAUGUUGUGCGCUUCGUCACUCGGGCCACCAUCGAGUCGCGCAUCAUCCGCCUGCAAACGCUGAAGGUUGGUCUGGCGGGGGCGGCGCUGGAGGACCACGCGCGCGGGGCGCCCUCUCUGGCGGCGACAAGCCAGCAACGAGCCUCCUCGGCGGCGGCGGCGGCGACGGCGGCGGAGGAGGAGGUGGCAGCCGCAGCACCACCGCAUGCCCGGGCUGCCAGGUUCGAGGCGCAUGUCAAUGGUGACGGGGACGAUGAUGAUGAUGAUGAUGGGAUGGAUCUCUUCGGGGCCGCAGGCGCGCCUGCCUUCCUGCAAUCGACCUCUGUCGGGACUGGGCUCUACGCCGGGGCCGGGUCCACCACCGGGGCUUGGUCCGAUGGGGGCAUGACCGAUGAGUUUGACGAGGAGUUUGGCUCGCGUGCCGACGGGCCCGGCUCCGACUCGGAGGGGGAGGGAUCUUUCCAUAUGGCGGCCGACUACCCUGUCCCGGUGGAGGACUGGCGUGCCUUGCGCCGUGGUGCCGACAUGUCGAUGGCUGCCCUGACGGCCAACGGCUCCGGGGCAUCCGGGCACCCGGACGGUGAGCAGAUGCUCCUGAAUGAGGACAGCGACAGCGACACCGAGCUGGGAUUCGGGGUACUGGCGGCGAGUGGCGACUGGGCCGCGCUGGCCGGCCCCGGCGGUACGUCGGCCGCAGAUCGCCGUGCCCAAGUGCGCCAGGCGCGCAUCAACCGGCUGGAUUUGCUCUUCCGGCGGUAG